AAUAUCAACCUGUUUCCUCCUCCUCCUUCUCCUCCUCCUCCGUGACCUCCUCCUCCUCCUUUUUCUCCUGAGAAACUUCGCCCCGGCGGUGCGGAGCGCCGCUGCGCAGCCGGGGAGAGACGCAGGCAAGGCGGAGGGCAGAGGGAGGAGGCAGCCCGUGCGGUCCCGAGGCGAUCUGCGGAGCCCCGCGCCCGCCGCGCCAUGGCCCGGAGACCCCGGCACAGUAUUUACAGUAGUGAUGAGGAUGAUGAAGACAUUGAGAUGUGUGACCAUGACUAUGACGGGCUGCUUCCCAAGUCUGGAAAGCGUCACUUGGGGAAAACUAGGUGGACCAGGGAAGAGGAUGAAAAACUAAAGAAGCUGGUGGAACAGAAUGGAACAGAUGACUGGAAAGUUAUUGCCAAUUGUCUCCCGAAUCGGACAGAUGUGCAGUGCCAACACCGGUGGCAGAAAGUCCUAAACCCUGAGCUCAUCAAGGGUCCUUGGACCAAAGAAGAAGAUCAGAGAGUGAUAGAACUUGUACAGAAAUACGGUCCGAAACGUUGGUCUGUUAUUGCCAAGCACUUAAAAGGGAGGAUUGGAAAACAAUGUAGGGAGAGGUGGCAUAACCACUUGAAUCCAGAAGUUAAGAAAACCUCCUGGACAGAAGAGGAAGACAGAAUUAUUUACCAGGCACACAAGAGGCUGGGGAACAGAUGGGCGGAAAUCGCAAAGCUACUGCCUGGACGAACUGAUAAUGCUAUCAAGAACCACUGGAAUUCUACAAUGAGGCGGAAGGUGGAACAGGAAGGUUAUCUGCAGGAGUCUUCGAAAGUCAGUCAGCCAACAGUGGCCACCAGUUUUCAGAAGAACAAUCACUUGAUGGGUUUUGCUCAUGCCCCACCUUCAUCUCAACUCCCACCAACUGGCCAGCCCUCAGUUAACAAUGACUAUUCCUAUUACCACAUUUCUGAAACACAAAAUGUCUCCAGCCAUGGUCCAUAUCCUGUAGCGUUACAUGUAAAUAUAGUCAAUGUCCCUCAGCCAGCUGCUGCAGCCAUUCAGAGACACUAUAAUGAUGAGGACCCUGAGAAAGAAAAGCGAAUAAAGGAAUUAGAGUUGCUUCUAAUGUCAACUGAGAAUGAGCUGAAAGGACAGCAAGAAUUACCAACACAGAACCACACAUGCAGCUACCCCGGGUGGCACAGCACUUCCAUUGCUGACCACAGCAGACCUCCUGGAGACAGUGCACCUGUUUCCUGUUUGGGAGAACAGCACUCCACUCCAUCUCUGCCAGUGGAUCCCGGUUCCCUACCUGAAGAAAGUGCCUCGCCAGCAAGGUGCAUGAUCGUCCACCAGGGCACCAUUCUGGAUAACGUUAAGAACCUCUUAGAAUUUGCAGAAACACUCCAAUUUAUAGAUUCUGAUUCUUCAGCAUGGUGUGAUCUCAGCAGUUUUGAAAUCUUUGAAGAAGCAGCUUUUUCACCUAGCCAACAUCACACAGGCAAAGCCCUCCAGCUUCAGCAAAGAGAGGGCCCCAGCCCAAGGGUGAACAAACACGUGCUGAGCGAGGGUUCCCUUGGUUCACCCCGGGCCUUACCAACUCCUGCAAGGCACAGCACAAUUCCACUGGUCACCCUGCGAAAAAAGCGGGGCCAGGCCAGCUGCUUAGCCACUGGAGACUCUAGCUCCCUCCUAUUUACUGACGUCAGCAGCUCAACUCCCAAGCGUUCCCCUGUCAAAAGCCUGCCCUUCUCUCCCUCGCAGUUCUUAAACACUUCUAGUAACCAUGAAAACUUAGACUUGGAAAUGCCUUCUUUAACAUCUACCCCUCUCAAUGGUCACAAAUUGACUGUUACAACACCAUUUCAUAGAGACCAGACUCUGAAAACGCAAAAGGAAAAUACAAUUUUUAGAACUCCAGCUAUCAAAAGGUCAAUCUUAGAAAGCUCUCCGAGAACUCCUACACCUUUCAAACACGCACUUGCAGCUCAAGAAAUUAAAUAUGGUCCCCUGAAGAUGCUACCUCAGACACCCUCUCAUCUAGUGGAAGACCUACAGGAUGUGAUCAAACAAGAAUCUGAUGAAUCUGGAAUUGUUGCUGAAUUUCCAGAGAGUGGACCACCCUUACUGAAGAAAAUUAAGCAAGAGGUAGAAUCUCCAACUGAUAAAGCGGGAAACUUCUUCUGCUCAAACCACUGGGAAGGGGACAGUCUGAACACUCAGCUGUUUGCACAGGCAUCACCUGUGGCAGAUGCCCCAAAUAUUCUCACAAGCUCUGUUUUAAUGACACCAGUAUCAGAAGACGAAGACAAUGUUCUCAAAGCAUCAGUACCUAAAAACAGGUCCCUGGUGAGUCCCUUGCAGCCUUGCAGCAGUGCCUGGGAACCCACAUCCUGUGGGAAGACAGAGGAUCAGAUGAUGGCUUCCGGUCAGGCUCGAAAAUACGUGAACACCUUCUCAGCCCGGACUCUGGUCAUGUGAGAUGUUUCCAGAAAAGCAUUAUUCCAGAACACUUCAAGUUGACUUGUGCUAUAUCAUUCCUCGACAUGAAGCCUUUCAUGAUUGGGAGAAGAACUUAUUUUUGUUGUGGUACAACAGUUGAGAGCAGCACCAAGUGCAUUUAGUUGGAUGAAAUCUUCUUGUAUUUCACUCAACUAAAAGGAUUUUUUUAAAAAAAUAAAAUGAAUAACAGUCUUACCUAAAUUAUUAGGUAAUGAAUUGUAGCCAGUUGUUAAUAUCUUGAAGCAGAUUUUUUUUAAAAAAACAUAAAAUGAUUUAUCUGUAUUUUAGAAAAUCCAACAGAUCAGUAUUUUUGCCUAUGAUGAGUCUCUUGAAAUUUUACACAAAGAUACUCCAGUAUUUCACCUUUCUCAAUCACUAAACAUACCCAUAGAUUUUUUUAAAAAUCAGCAAAAGCAUUACUAUAAAUGUAGGCUAAAUACAGUGGGAAAGUAGAGAUUGUAAAUGUUCAUUUGUGGUUAUUAACUUCAGAGGUACAUUUACUGUACUAAACCAUUUUAUGAGUUCUUUGUUAGCUUGCUUUAAAAUUAUUACUGUAUGAAAUAGUUUUAUAAAAAAUUAUAUUUUUAUUCAGUAAUUUAAUUUUGUAAAUGCCAAAUGAAAAAUGUGUUUUGCUGCUAUGGUCUUAGCCUGUAGACAUGCUGCUAGCAUCAGAGGGGCAGUAGAGCUUGGAUGGAAAGAAAAGAAACUUGGUUUUAGAUAAUUGACUAUGCACUAGUAUUUCAGACUUUUUUAUUUUUUAUAUAUAUACAUUUUUUUCCUUUUGUAAUACAUUGGAAAACUUGUUUGGGAGAUUUUGCAUUUUUUUAUUUUAUGUUUUUUGGUUUUCUCUUUUUGUUGUUGUUGUUUUAUAAGAGCAUGCAUUGCACUUCUUUUUUGGGAGAUCUAUGUUGUUGUCCUAUGUUUUGUUUUGAGUUCAGGCUCACUGGUCAUUAAUUCAGGGGUUCUGAGUUCGAUCAGCAUCCCCCAUGGUUUCUAAGUGUACAAUGUCAGAACUGCCUUGCAUGUCCUAUGUUGUAGUUGGGGAGACAAAGACAGAGGUCAAUAGUCAGUCGCUGCCUUAAGAACAUUUGGUGCAAGAUGAACUUUUGAUAUGACAGUGUACUUACUGCCAUGUAGCAAAAUAAAGCUGUGCCCUUAUUUUCCUUAC